AUGCGCUAUCAAUGCGCGCCUCACCGGUGCCGCUCUCCCCGCUGGCCUCAGUGCCCCGCUGGCCUCAGUGCCCCGCUGCCCUCAGUGCCCCGCUGGCCUCAGUGCCCCGUGGUCUCAGUGCCCCGUGGUCUCAGUGCCCUGCUGGCCUCAGUGCCCUGCUGGUCUCAGUGCCCCGCUGGCCUCAGUGCCCCGUGGUCUCAGUGCCCCGUGGUCUCAGUGCCCCGUGGUCUCAGUGCCCCGUGGUCUCAGUGCCCCGUGGUCUCAGUGCCCUGCUGGCCUCAGUGCCCCGCUGGCCUCAGUGCCCCGCUGGCCUCAGUGCCCCGUGGUCUCAGUGCCCCGUGGUCUCAGUGCCCCGUGGUCUCAGUGCCCCGUGGUCUCAGUGCCCUGCUGGCCUCAGUGCCCUGCUGGCCUCAGUGCCCCGUGGUCUAA